AUGGACGAUAAGGAUGAGAUUUAUGCGGAUCCUGAGUAUACUGAGAUGGGAGAAUUGGAGAAGUUAUCGACUGAGGAUGAUGAGAGUGAGGACUCGAAGGAUACGGCAGCAAGUGUUGAGGCAGCAGUGAAGCAGGAAGAGGAGAUAGUCACCAUGGAGGCAGCAACACUGAAUGGUGGAGAUGGAGAUGGUGUCAACACUUUUGCAGCAGCGAUCAUGGUUAAAGAUGAAGCAGUAAAUGCGAAGUGUGUGGGAGUUGAAGCUGUGAAAGGGGGCAUCAUGGUGAAGGGAUCAAAGGUGAAUGCAACUGCAAAGGGGCGUGUGCUUACGAAAGAGGAACACGUUAAGGGGUGUGAGACCCGAGAGGUGUUGGGUGUUAAGACACCGAGGAGAAGUGAGAGGCUUAAGAAAAUAUGUCAAGGUUUGGAUGACAAGGCGCUCAACUUCAAGACACGCGUGAGCCCCACACACUCUGGCCUGGGCCCCACAUACCCUGACGUGUGUCCCACACGUGCUGGCGUGUGCCUGCCACAACUCCCAUCGGACCCACGUGCUGCUGCUCUCAUGCAGCCUCUGCCACACCCCUUUGAGACGGAGCGUGGGCGCUUCGAGACGGAGCGUGGGGUGGGACUUGACGGGUGUGUGGACGCUUUCCCCCCAGCUGUUGCUGCUAUUGAUGGUGGUGGUGGUGGUGGUGGUGGUGCUUCUGCUGCUGCUAUUUAUGGUCGUGGUGCUGCUGCUGCUGCUGAUCGUGCUGCUCGUACUGCUGCUCCUGCCAUGCCAGUCUCGUCCCUUGCACACCAGCAGCGGCACGCAGCUAUUAGCAGCCUGUUGAAGCGACUCCAACCACAAGCACCUGACACCACCGGUCUGCACCACUCCGUCUCGCCUGAGCUGCGUUUUGAGCUGUCUCCAGAGCUGUCGCCUUUACCGCAUUCCCUGAAACCGAAUCCCCUAGUGCAAUCAGGAUCCGUCCAGGCACUCGCACGCAAACCCUUCACCCCAAACACCUCUGUACCGCAGACACACGCACAGCACCCCUUCAUUCCAGACUCGCCUCAAAUGCAGGCAGCAGCACUGCGUGGGUCUACAGCAGCCCAAAAGUCACCCCCAGGAGGAAGCAUGGGCUUUAAGUCGCCCUCUGCAACCCCGUCUCCCUUGUCGCGGUCCCCGAGGGGAGGGGUGGGACGCGCAGGGGCUGUUGCAGCAGCAGGAAGGAGGAAAAUUAGUGGGAAGAGUGCAACGGAGAAACAGCGGCGGUCCAGAAUAACUGAGCGAUUGGAGGCCCUCAAGGCAGCGAUACCAGCGGAGGUGCUACUGAGGCAGCAGGGCCGGGCAGGGGUCAGCAGUCGCACGCAGAUAGCCCCUCUGCUGGAUGCUGCCGUGGGGUUCAUCGAGGGAAUGCGCGAGUACAAGCUGGAGCUGGAGAGGCACCAGGAUUCAGUUGCGCCGCCAGUCGCACACAGAUAG